AUGCCCGUUCCCGUGCUCCGGCAGCGACGCAAGGCACCCAAGACGAGGCCCGGCUGUCGGACAUGCAAAGAGCGCCGCAUCAAGUGCGACGAGCAGCGGCCGGCGUGCCAGCGAUGCACCAUUUCCCAGCGCACCUGUCCCGGCUACGAGACGUCGCAGCCGACGACACAAGGUGAGCAGCGGCGGUGGUCCGCAUCGCCUACCCUCACCACGCCGCCGCCCUCGCUACCGUUUGCCAUCAGCGCCGCCGAGAGCAAUGCAUUCGACUACGUUCGGCUGCAUCUGGGCGCGACGCCCAGCCGGGCCUCGUGGUGUCCCCCGUGGGCGACCCUCGUGGUACGGGCCGGGCAGCAGGUGCCCGCCAUCUUUCACGCCGUGAAUGCGCUGAGCGCGCUGCAUCAGUCGUCGAGCGACGACGGGCUGGCGAGGCAUAGGCUGCAGUUUGCGAUUGGCCAUAUGAAGUACAUGAGAGAGUUUCUGGGGGCAAUAACUAGCGACAGGUACUCGGACGCACAGGUUGAGAUUUGUCUUCGAGACGGCGGCAUGGUGCACUACAAGCUGGGGCUCAAGAUUAUCCAUGACACGCAAGAGAGGGAGCUGCCAACGCAGACCGCUACCCCCUUGGAUACCCUUGUCCAGAUCUUUGUCAAGCUCGACACGGAUCUCUGCCUCCGUGGGCAGACACAGCCGCAGUUCAUCACAACCUGCCCCAAGACUCCCAUCACGUUUCUAUCCAUCCACGAAGCCGACGUCCAUCUGGACGUGCUCGCCAAUGCCGUCUACCGCACGCGCGGCAAGCUGCUCGCACUGUCUGAGCAGCGCGUUAAAACGCCGUUUCCGCAUGCCGGGAGGGAUUUCCUCGACUGUCUUACCCAGGCGUACAGCCGGGUGGUGCCGAUACAUGACGACGCAGACUUGAACGCUGAGCUGGCGCAUAUCAAGACACGGCUGGCCGCAUACAUGUCCGCGUUUGUUGGCAUCCCCGUACCCGACGAACAUAGCCAGCUCAAGGCCCAUAUCCGGACGCAGAUGCACUUUUUUAGCAUCUACAUCUUGGCUUCCACCUGGCGCGACACCGACGAGUCCCUCGCAGAUCGCUUCGACCAGCAGUUUCACCACAUCGUCUCCACCGCCGAACGCUUCCUCGAGCUGCAUCUGCCGUCGCCCGCGUCCGUCGACACCGCACUCGACAGCACCCAGGGCAUGCCGCCCUCGGCCAAUGCUCCAUUUAUGCUCGAUUCGAGUCUCUCGCUUUGUCUUUUUCUGAUUGCGUCCAAGUGCCGCCAGUCCACCCUCCGCAGAAAGGUCACACGUUUGCUCCAGCAUGCCGGCCUCCGCGGGCUCUUCGACUCGCGGCCGCUGGCGUUCUUUGCCUACCGCCUCAUUGCGGUGGAGGAGGCGCGGGCGCGGCGCAUUGGCAGGUUGCCGGCGGGCCAUACAGACUUGGACUAUGGGGACGUCCCGGAGGCGGCGCGGAUUAUUGACAGCACGCUGGUGGCGGACAAGAAGACGGGCAAGGCAGCGCUGCACAUUGUGGUUGGUGCUUUUAUUUUCCCCUGCUUCAUGUUUGGUCGUGCAUCGCAGCGCACCUGGCACUACCCCAACGGUCUGCCCGAGGGUCAGAUCGGCUGCAACAGCGCCUGCGUCAUCAUGGCUGCAGCUAUGUUAGUUACGCCUAUACACAUGCACUGUUUGCCUAUUUGCCUCCAGCGCGGUGAGAUGCGUCGAAAGCUUGGCAUUCGGGGCCACGGCUACCAGGACUGUGUGGUCUCCUUCUUCUGUCCGUGUUGCAGCAUUGCGCAAAUGAACUUGGAACUGAAGAGACGUGUCGAGAAAAUACAGGCUGGUGUGGUGGACAAGGGCUAUGUCGCACCUGAAGCGAUGCAAGACGGGCCACAAAGCAUGCAGUGCCCGCAGGAGCAUCCUCCUGGCGCCAAGAAACGAUGA